AAUUUUUCCAAUACUCUGAAUUCUGAAUCUCCAAUUUAAUCGCGUGUUCAGCUAGAUGCUCGUCUCACGAAGUGAGCAUGCCUCAACCAAGCCAGGGAGUACAAGGAUCUGAAAGAGUUAUCCCCACGAAUGAACACUACGCUUAUUCAACACGCCCUCCUAGCCAGGAUGGGCUUUCAGCGGCUUCCUACGGUGUCUUGAAGCCCCAACAGAUAACCAUGGUUGCUAUUGGCGGUGCUAUCAAUACAGGUUUGACGAUCUGCGCAGGGAAUGCACUGUCCAAAGCAGGUCCUGCAUCAAUUUUGAUCUCCUAUACAUGUGUUGGGAUAGUUGUCUACUUGGUUCUCUGCGCUCUAGGUGAGGUGGCCUCGUGGUCUCCUGAGCCAUCCAUGACGGACCAUGCGACUAGACUCUGUGAUCCUGCGCUUGGGUUCACUCUGGGAUGGAUAUACUGGUUCAAGUUCAUGGUCGUCAUCCCUAACCAGCUGGCAGCAGGGGAGUUGCUGAUAGCCUACUGGCAAGAUAACGAAGCGAAAUACUCGGUUUUUUGGACUACGGCCUUUUUAGGGGUCAUCAUAGCCGCCAAUUCCAUGUGCGGUCGAUAUCUAGGGAAGUACGAAGUCAUCUUGUCAUUCUUCAAGGUCCUGGUGAUGUCAGGGCUUAUGGCUCUAUCUAUUGUCCUUGCACUUGGAGGGGGCCCAGAUCGCGAUAUGAAAGGCUUCCGCUACUGGAGAGACCCUGGGGCCUUCGCUAAUGGAACAGGGGGUGCUGUGGCAGGUACCGUCCGUGCUAUUUGCAGAACAGUCCCAUCCGCUACGCUCGCCUAUCUUGGAAGUGAGUUGAUGGGAAUGACGAUCCUGCGCACACCAAACCCCCGAAAAGCGGCAGGACGGGCGAUCAAGGUGACCUUCUAUCGCAUCUUGGUUUUCAAUAUUGUCAACAUAACGCUCUUAGGAAUUCUUGUUCCCCAUGACACCCACAUGCUAGCAUUUUCCCACAAUACGCCCCAGCAUCGGACAGCCUCGGCUUUCGUAGCUGUUGCUCAAUCAGCCGGCCCUUCGGUAAUUCCACACAUCCUAAACGCCUGUCUUUUGCUAUUCGUGCUAUCGGCUGCAAACCAGGCUCUUCAAAUGGCAAGCGUAACACUACAGGGUCUUUCAUUGGACAAGAAUGCCCCUCUCUUCCUGUGCCGUACUAAUAGGCGAGGAACUCCCAUCUAUUCGUUGGGUACAUGCUCUGCUUUGGCGUGUUUGGCGUACCUGAAUAUCUCCAGUGGCUCUAAGAGACUGUUUGAAUACUCGGUCAACCUGGUUUCCAUGUUCAGUAUCCUGACGUGGGCUUCAAUCCUCGUGAUCCAUUUCUCUUUCAUUCGAGCAAGAAAGGCUCAAAAGAUCACUGAUGAGGUCUUGUCCUUCAGAGCGCCCCUUGGGCUGUUCGGAUCGUGGGUUGCACUGGUAGCAUGCGUAUUUGUCACGGUCAUACGUGGGCUCGACUUUGUCGACCCAGAAUAUUACCCCAAAGGGAUCGAUCGCAGCAUGGCAUUCGUGACCUCCUAUAUAGGCAUUCCACUCUAUAUCACGCUCGUGAUUGGGUAUAAGAUCGGCACCAAAAGCAAGCAUGUACAACCACAGGAUGUUGAUAUGGGAUCCUUGACACCCAUACCAGAGCCGCACUCCGCAGAUGUGAAUACCGUGGGACAAGAAGGGCCCUAUUCAGUCCCAUCGGUCCGGACGUAG